GAUGGAAUUACAAAUGUACUGAAUUACAUUUAGUUUAGUAACUUUUUGAAAAAUAUAAAUGUUGCUACACUUUUUUACGUUAGUUUCAUUUUUGGGUUCUCUGCCCACCUAAGGUUCUAAAAAACGGAACGUUUUAAAAACACACUAAGGUGCUGCUCCACAUGCAGCCUGCCGGGGGCGCUGUGCUGGCCGGCUGAGCAGGUGUGAGGUGUGAAGGAGGAGGAGGAGCAGCUGGAAUGCUGCAGCUGGAAUGCUGCAGCUGGAAUGCCGCAGCAGGUCGACACAAGCCUCGCUGCCGAUCAGGAACCAGCAGGAUGUUCCUGACAGAAACCAUGAGAGGAUACCGCGGCGUCAAGUACACCUUGUUCUUCUUCUGCUACUGUUUCUGGGUCGUCAGUGCCGUCCUAAUCGCCGUCGGGAUCUAUGCCAAGGUCGCCAAGGAGAAAGAUGUAGUCGACACUCUGACCGUGGAUCCAGCGCUGCUGCUGAUUGUCGUCGGAUUGUUGAUGUUCCUCAUCACCUUCCUGGGAUGUUUCGGAGCGCUGCGGAACGCCACCUGCCUGCUGAAGACGUUCCUGUCCAUCCUGGCUGUGGUUCUGGUCCUGCAGGUCGCUGCUGGAGCUGUGACUUACGUUUUUACCGACUUGGUGAUGGAGAGGACGGAGACGCUGAUGAUGAAGGGCGUCGUCCGCUACAGGGAGGAUCAGGACCUGGAGAACGCCAUCGACUUUGUGCAGAAGAAGUUCCAGUGCUGCGGCGUGGAAAACUACAAGGACUGGUCCCGGAACGUCUACUUCGAGUGUUCUGAGAGCAACCCCAGCCUGGAAGUCUGCGGCGUUCCCUUCUCCUGCUGCAUCCACCUGCAGAACCAGACGGUGCUGAACACCAUGUGUGGUUACGGCAUGCAGCAGCAGCAGGAAGCGGCGGCCCGGCAGCACAUCUUCACGGCCGGCUGCCUGCAGCGGAUCGUCCUGUGGGCCCAGAAGAACCUGCUGCUGGUGGCCGGGCUGACGGCCGGUCUGCUGCUGCUGGAGGUGUGCAUGAUGGGUCUGGCCGCAGCGCAGGCGGCCUGGAUCCACCGGGUCCGACGGAGGCAGAAGGUCAGUGAAGGUCGCCGGGCAGAGGAGAGGAAGGAGAGGCUCUGGUUUCCCGCCUUCGCUGACUUCACUGAGGAAUGAUGAUGAUGAUGAUGAUCAGCUUCGUCUCUGCAGGCUGGACUCAGCAGAACCAAACAGAACCAGGUUCUGAGGUUCCUUCUCAUCUCAGAGCUUCAGGACUUUAAAGUGUGACCUUUGACCUGUCGGGGUUCCGGUCUUCUUCAGGCCGCUUCCUCUCUAAUCCCACCUGUUCUGCUAUAAUCUGAGGCGGAUUAGCAGCAGGAUCACCUGCGGCGGCAGCAUGUUGCUGCGGGAGGCGGCCGUCACACGCCUUAUUGGAUUCAUGACCUCAGGGUCGACCAGCGCGCGCGUGUGUGUGUGUAGUCAGGAUGCAUGAUGGGAAACCUCGUGUCUCAUUGAUCCUGUAUUUUAUACGAGCCCAUCGCCAUGGAAACGGUUUAUGUAUGAAUACUUGUGGCCUUCUGCUGGAGUUUAUCAGAGAAACCAACCAAAAAAUAAUACAUGGUUCAAAUCUGAAAA